GGAGAGUUUAAUCCUCCCGGGGACACAGAUGAUGCUCAAGCUCAAGAAAGGGAGAAAUUAAUUCUAGCAGAAGAAAAUAAAACCGACACAACCUUCAGAGACAAUUAUUAUUUCAAUUGCUUUUCAAGGGCAAUGGUCUCCGAAGAUUCUGAUAGUGAGGAUUCUGACAAAUACGAAUAUGUUGUAGAAUAUCAUCCAUUUCUUUUUAUGGAUUUUGAAGAGCAAAUAGACCGAAACUAUUUUAUAAAAAUUAACUUUAUCAGCCCUUUUAAUGUGGAGACUCUAGAGUUACAAAAUAUAAAAAUUAGAAUAGAACUAUGAUAA